CUAGCUGCCAUAACACAACUGUUAUAGAAAAAGGGCUGACAGCCUCUUGGCUUAUCACUGUGCCGUCUCUCUGUCUCAGCUGCAAGCUGCGCGAAUGGUUUGUGUGACUGCCUCUUCCAAAACUGUGACUGCAUGAGCUUCUCCGAUACAUGGAUUUCCUGGCUAACAAUGGAUCGGACCAGCCACCUGCCAGAAGACUAUAUUCCAGGAUGGAGGCCUCCUGCUUGGAGCUAGCACUAGAGGGUGAGCGCUUGUGCAAGGCCGGAGAUUUCAAAGCUGGAGCCGCUUUCUUUGAAGCAGCUGUCCAGGUUGGGACUGAAGAUCUAAAGACACUUAGUGCCAUCUACAGUCAGCUGGGGAAUGCAUACUUCUACCUGAAGGAGUACUCUAAAGCUCUUGAGUAUCAUAAACAUGACUUGACCCUGGCCAGGUCCAUCGGCGAUCGUAUUGGAGAAGCCAAAGCCAGCGGGAACCUGGGCAAUACCCUUAAGGUCCUUGGACAGUAUGAUGAGGCCAUCGCCUGUUGUCAGAGGCAUCUAGAUAUCUCUCAGGAGCAGGGGGACAAGGUGGGAGAAGCACGAGCGCUGUAUAAUGCUGGCAAUGUAUUUCAUGCAAAGGGGAAGCAGCUGUCGUGGAACAUGCCACAGAUUCCAGGAGACCUCUCUGAGGAAGUUAAGGAGACAUUGCUGAAUGCUACAGAGUAUUAUGAGAGGAACCUGGAACUGGUGAAACAGCUGGGUGACAGAGCAGCUCAGGGUCGGGCAUAUGGAAAUCUCGGGAACACACACUACCUCUUAGGCAACUUUAAUGAGGCCAUCGCUUUUCACAAAGAGAGACUCGCCAUCGCAAAAGAGUUUGGAGACAAAGCUGCAGAGCGUAGGGCAUACAGCAACCUGGGCAAUGCCCACAUUUUUCUGGGGAGAUUUGAUGCCUCCACUGACUUUUACAAGAAGACUUUGCAGCUCUCCAGACAGUUGAAGGACCAGGCGGUGGAGGCUCAGGCCUGUUAUAGUCUGGGGAACACGUAUACUUUGCUCCAGGACUAUGAACGGGCCAUAGAAUACCACCUAAAACACCUCUCCAUAGCACAGGAGCUGGGCGACCGGGUUGGUGAAGGACGGGCAUCUUGGAGUCUAGGGAAUGCCUACGUGGCAUUGGGUAACCAUGAAGAAGCCCUGCGAUAUGCCAGGAAACACAUGGAGAUUUCCUGUGAGAUUGGGGACCGAAAUGGGGAAUUAACAGCCCGCAUGAAUAUAACACAGCUAAUGUCUGCUCUUGGGAUAGGGUCCAGCGAAGAUGAUGGUGAUGGGGCGCACUCCUCUGCCGCAGACAGUAAUUGGAACGGUGCCAGACCCAAGAGGCUCCACCGGAACAGUAUGGACAGCUUGGACCUAAUAAAACUUCCUUCAGAGAAGGUGAGGAACAGAAAUGCUUCCAGUAUCUCAGUCCAGAAACCCUGGAUCGCUCGGCCGUCUGCCAAAAGUCUUUCAAAGAAGCAACUGCAAGGUAAAUCGUACAUAACAUGUAGUUUGACACAGACUCUGCAGGAUGCAGGGAAAUCCGUAUUAAAUUAUCUUCCCCGAACUGUCUUGCAGAAAAUCAAUCGGGCGCCAUCGGACGAGGAAUGUUUCUUUGACCUCCUGAGUAAAUUUCAGAGUAACCGGAUGGAUGAUCAAAGAUGUACAUUAGAGGAGAACCAGAGCGCAGGGACGGAGACCACAGCGACACCCUCAAAGUACUGAAUUCUGAAAACUACCUCUUCACUGAUGGCAUCACCUCAGACAGAAGAAUUCUUUGACCUGAUAGCCAGCUCGCAGAGCAGACGGCUGGAUGACCAGCGAGCGAGCAUAGGGAACUUGCCAGGUCUACGGCUAACGCAGAAUAACAUGGGUCAUCUAAAGGUGGAGGGUGACCAGCAAGAGCCAGGGGAUGAGUUCUUCAAUAUGCUGAUGAAAUGUCAGUCUUCCCGAAUAGACGACCAAAGAUGUGCACCACCAGACUCCAUGCCGCGAGGCCCCACCAUGCCCGAUGAAGACUUCUUCAGCUUAAUCCAGAGAGUCCAAGCCAAGAGGAUGGAUGAACAAAGGGUGGAUCUCCCCUCCAACCAGGAAGAUGCAGAAAAUCACGAUAAUCAAAGGAGGCCGAGCUAAGUGUCAGCUCUUAUGUCCAGAUAGCACAGCACCUGUUACCGAGGAAACAACUUCCUGAUGAUUCAUCUCCACGUCGUACCAGAGGACACGUUUAUUAAAAUUAGAAGUCAGUGUAUUUUGCAUAGCUGAGGCCUAGCGGCCCUUUGGGAGAGUCGUCUUACGUGUUUGACAUCCAAGUGUCUUCAGCCAAUUAGUUAAAUAUAUAAAAUGGACCAUCUGAUUUUUUUUUUUUUUUAUAAGACUUUUUUAGGCUAUUUUA